AUAUAAAAGGAGGAAGCGACGCUGCGACAGACGAGGGAAGUUGGUGUUGCUAAGACGCCUACGAUGCUUAGCAGUUUUUGGUGUUUUUCUGGGCCAUCGUAGGGUUUUGGUUUUUAUUUAUUAGUAAUUGACAAAAUGUACAGACAAUGUGGAAUUAUCGUCAGUUUUACGGUGCUAGCUCUUGGCUACUAUAGCUUUGCUGAGAACAAGAAGGAAGCAACGACAAAGCGAAAGUCGUUGAAUAUUCUACGAAUUUAUGAUGAUAACAACAGUGAAAUAUUGAAUCACAAAACAGAGAUUGAUGCUUAUCCUAAAAGCCAAAAAAGAAAUAAGAGAACUGCACUAUUUAAUGAUGCAAGAUGGCCACAGCAAAAAUAUCUUAGUGGAGGUAUUGUUGCUGAUCAUAGGGUGAAGGAAGUCUGGGAGAAGGGCUAUACUGGUGAUGGUGUUACUGUUGCUGUGGUUGAUGGAGGACUAAGGUAUACACACAUGGAGUUUGCAGGACGAUAUGAUCCCUCAUUAAGUCGUGACUAUGUAGACAACGAUCUCGAACCAAACAAAACAGAUGAACAUGGUACAAACUGUGCUGGUGUUAUUGCUGGAGCUGCCAUCAAUGGUAUCUGUGGUGUUGGUAUCGCUUACAACGCCAAGAUUGCCGGAAUUCAGUUAACAUCGUCUGGUAUUCCUGAAGACUCGGUUCUUGCUCGGGCAAUGUUUCCGUUUGAUGGUCACGGAAUUGAUGUUUUUUCCUGCAGUUGGGGUCCACCUGACGUAGGCUUUAAAGUGCAGGGCCCAGGGCCUUUAACACGGCGUGCUUUCUUAAAUGGCGUAAUAAAGGGACGAAAUGGUCGCGGAUCGCUGUAUGUUUUCUCAGCUGGAAAUGGAGUUUUAUUUGGCGACAACUGUGCUUUUAAUGGUUUUGUAAACAAUAUUCACACAAUUGGUGUUGCUGCUCUGGACAAAAACGGAAAACCAAUGCUAAGUUCUGAGCCAUGUAGUGCUGUUAUGACGGCUGCUUUCGCCGAUAAUCUGGAAACUGCAUCUGCUUCCAAUGACCAAGCAUGCUCUUCAUCUUUUGGUCAAACAUCUGGUGCAGCGGCUGUCGUCUCUGGAAUAAUAGCUCUUGGUCUGCAAGCUAGGAAGUCACUUACAUGGCGUGCUGUGCAUCAUCUCAUAAGGAAAUCAAGCAGAAUGGACGUCAUUGAUAAAUCUGUUGUACCAAUUUUAAAUAAAGCUGGUUUUCAAGUGAGUAAUCGAGUCGGCUUCGGAUUGCUUGAUGCUUUGAUGUUUGCAAACAACGCUGAGAAAUUCAACCAUUCUCUGCCACCUCAAUUAAUGUGUGAGGUUGAUGUUGAGAGGCAACCAUUGAGAGCUGAUUCAACCUCAUUCACCAUCCUUAUUGAUGGCACUAAAUGUAAUAAUGGAAUUAUAUAUCAUCUGGAGCAUGUUGUUGCUACCUUUAAUUUGGAAUAUUUUAAACGUGGUGUCCUUGGUGCUUACAUUACGUCACCUAAAGGUACUAGGUCAAAGGUUAUUGGUCACCGUGUUUUCGACGCUUUAGCUGGAUACAAACGAUACGAGAAUUUGACGACCCUCAGUGUCCAUUUUUGGGGCGAAUCUUCAUUAGGGGAAUGGCGAGUUGUUUUCAAAAAUGAUCUUCCUUCCCAAGGUACCGGGCCUGGUACUCUCUUUGGAUUUCGCUUAACUUUGUAUGGCACAGCAACACCUCCUUUCGACUCAACAUCAACAACAAUAAAGGAAACUUCUCUUUCAACUGGAGCUGUCGUUGGUGUUGUCUUGGCAGGUGUCUUCGUGUUUUGUGUGCUCGUUGCUUUGAGUCUUUACCGCAUAAAGCGUAUUUAUUCAAGAGAGAGCAAUCCUGUUGACAUCGGCGUGGAAAGUACGCAUGUACAGGCUGUCAAUGAAAGUUAUAUUCUCGGGUGUUACAUUCGACCACCAGCUUAGUAAGAGUGGACCUCAAUUCGUUUUGGUGCUGAUUGUUUGACAUUUCAAAGUCAAUGUAUCAACUCGAAUUACCAUACUAGACCAGUUGCAGCAAAGUUGAAAGCGAGUGAAAAGAUUUUUGGUUUCUGACUUCUUGCUGGUUAUUACUGCUGCAUUGUCGAUAAAUUGAAACCAAUAGAUUGAAUUGAGAAGAUUAUACGAGAAACCGAAUUGACCAUAUUUAUCGGAUUUUUUGUUAUGAAUAUAUGUGUUAGUAAUUACAAUAUGAUUUUUAAUUGAAUCAUUCAUACAUUUACAACUGCAAAUAUCGCUAAGAAAAGGCCAGCAAUGACAUAAAUAGGGUUUCAGUUUAAGAUAGAAGGUACUAUCUAGUGAAGACAAGUAAGCCCAUUUUGUGAAGUUUUUCCUUGUUGGUAAAGAAUUGUUUAUGUAGCGAACAGUAAAGUUGAAAAUAUUUUUUGGCAAUCUUAACUGGCACGAUGACCAUACUUUAUUUGUUUGACGCAAACAAAAACUUUGCGAUACUUGAAAAGAAAUCAAAAACAAAUCUUAGUUGAAUCACAACCAAAAAGUAAUUACUAAUGACGUAAUGAAGAUAAUGAAUAAUGACUUUAACUACUAAAAUCUGAACAUGCUAAAAUUAUAGAGAUAAUUCUUUUGCAGUAUUUUUGAUGUUUCUUCUCCAUGCCAAUUUUAUCGAACAUAAUUAAGAAACUAGAGCACUCAUUGGCAAAGACACCCAUAAUGUAUUUUUAAAGCGAUUGAUUAGUUUAACAUGUCUGAAACGAUGACUCUGCUCUUUUAUUAAAUGUUUGUAUUUUUCUUUUUUCCGCUUAACAUUGCUGCAAAGAUUAGUUUCGAAACCAACAGGAAGUUCAAUGACAUAAAGACAACUGUCCAGAUUUGUGAAAGUAAAGAAAUUGCCCAUGAAAAAAAUGCCUCCAUUAUCUCAUCCAUUGACUAGAAUGGCAACCGUUCGAUAAAGAGAUCAAGUUGUUAUUUUUGGAGUUCGAAAGAGGAUAGAGAAGCAUAAAAGUGUUUUCAUGUAUGACAGUAGGACAGCUAAGAUCACAGUCUCACCAUCAUGUUGGAAAAGAGGUCCUUAUGUUGUGCUGUUUUAACAUGGGAUUCAAUUGUUGUCAUGGGAGAUCUGAUCUUUAAAUAUGAAUAACCAGUAUAUUACUAAAGAUUAUUAUUAAUUCACCGCGUUUGUGUUGAUGUUUUAAGAACGCUAUAUUUUCAUCCAUCUUUUCUUUUCAUUGAACAGAAGUUCAGUUUUAAGGAUUUUAUGUCAAA